ACAUGUCUGGACGAGAGAGAGCUCGACAGAGCGCUAAGUCUCCCGAAAACUUAAAAAAUACCACUGAGGAGAAGGAUUCUAGUUUAAAUGUGAAAAGAAGUGGUUGGCUACUACACGUGUUGAAGAUGCCAGGGUAGAACAAAGCAGCUGAGAUGUUUCUUCAAUGGCCACCGCUAUCACCCGAAAAUAUGAACAGACUGAUGGAGCUCUCCGUGGAAGAGGUUCAGCUUAGAUUCGAGGAAAUACUCGGCCUGAAAAAGACCCAGACGUGUGUGUCGGAGGCUGCGCUGCUGGACUACUUCGUUGCAGGAUUUUGGUGGGCCAAAGAGAUGAACUUCACUAGCCAGCAGAUCUCGUUCAUCAUGGCGCUCUUACAGCUCUUAUGUGACAACAUCGGCGACAAACACAUGCAGUUUGCUGACAAUUUUAAGGAGUUUACCCAGACGCUGCUCACCACCAGACGCUCAGCGACAGAAGCAGACGAUGAUUUUAAUCCACUGUUUGAUUCGAAUCAAAUCAAAUCCAUUACGGAUUAUUUCAAAAGCAGUCUUUUUCAGCACUACAGAUUGUUUGAGGUCCUCUUCACUCACCCAAGAGAUGAGAUGCUUCACAGAAUGGAGAGAAACGUCGAGGUCGUUGAUCCUGCCGACUUCGCCGCUCCGCUCGAGGAGGGGAUGCCAUCCGAUUUGUUCCUUCGAUACGUGGCCCCGGCUCCUGCGACGCCGCCCGGUCAGGAUCAGGGGCCCGAGAAAUCCGUGGAGAAGACUGUGGACGAGCCCGGUGAAAGCGAACAAGCAGAGACGCCGGAGAACCUGGAUUUUAGUGUCGAAGAUGUGCGAGAGGUGCUGGAGGAAGUGGUCACAGAGAUGCUGGCAAAGCUGCAGGCAGAUUUUACAAAGAAGCUGCAGAUUCAAGAGGAGAACUACACCGCCCAGAUCCAGAACCUCAAGAAAAAGAGCAAAUAAUUCCUGCCUAAGAACCUUUACACUAAUUCUAAUAAAUGAUAAUAAUUAUAAUAAUAAUGAUGAUUUAAAAUCAGGGAAUUGCUUGCCCGGCCCUAUCCAGUCUCCUCACUUCCUUCUGAAUCCUAUUAAACAUUUAUUACAACUUUA